AUGACUGAGGAAAAGCACAACCCUCCUAUCGUACAGGAGAAGGGUACCGUCGAGCUCUACGAAACCAUCUCAACCUCUUCAGAGUCGGAGCAAGAACAUCUCUUCGAUGACAAGGCAACUGCCCGUCUGGUUCGCAAGAUCGACCUGCGGCUACUGCCUUUCCUUGCCCUGCUGUACCUGUUGAGUUUCCUCGACCGUACCAACAUCGGCAACGCCCGUCUGGCUGGCCUGGAGAAGAGCCUUCACAUGGAGGGGCUGGAUUACAACGUGAGUAGUCUUGGAAUAGUGGUUAGAUUUUCACUGACAUCUGACGGCAGNAUUGCUCUCGCCAUCUUCUUCCCUUUCUAUGUUCUUGCUGAGAUACCAUCGAACAUGAUGAUGAAACGUACUCGCCCUGCACUAUGGAUUCCGUUCAUCAUGGUUCUCUGGGGCAUCACCACCACUCUUCUUGGUAUCGUAAAGAACUACCACGGGUUGCUUGCUGCUCGCGCUGCUCUCGGUAUUGCCGAGGGUGGUCUAUUCCCUGGUGUUACCUUCNNUGUGAACAUCACUAUGUGGUACCGUCGUCAUGAAUGCGGUCUUCGCAUGGCCAUCUUCUUCAGUGCUGCAACCGCCGCUGGCGCUUUUGGUGGCCUGCUCGCCCGCGGUAUCAUUGAGAUGGAUAAGAUGGGCGGCCUCCACGGAUGGCAGUGGAUCUUCAUCCUUGAAGGUCUUCUUACCUUCGUCGUCGCCAUCGUCGCCUUCUUCUACAUGAACGACUACCCCCAGACUGCCAAGUUCUUGGACGAGACUGAGAAGAAGGAGAUUUCCCGCCGCCUGGAAGAAGACCGUAGCUCGCUUGCAGACGAGUACGGCACCAAGUACUUCAUGCACGCCGUCAAGGACUGGAAGAUCUGGGUCCACAUGUUCAUCACCUUCGGCAUCUACACCCCUCUCUACAGUUUCUCUCUCUUCCUGCCUACCAUCGUCAAGACUCUUGGCUACAGCAAUGAGAAGGCACAGCUUAUGAGUGUUCCUCCUUACAUUGUUGCUUGCUUCUGCUGUAUCACGGGUGGAUACUUUGCUGACAAACUGCGCACUCGCGGUAUCUUCAUGAUCGGCUUCACUCUUACCGCUAUGCUUGGUGUCAUUCUCCAAGUCUCAUCUAGCAACCCCCAUGUCAAGUACGCCGGUGUCUUCCUUUUCGCUUGUGGUAUCUACCCCAACGUCCCUCAAGGUGUUGCCUGGAACGGUAACAACAUUGGUGGUUCUACCAAGCGUGGUGUCGGUAUUGCCAUGCACGUCGGUUUCGGUAACCUCGGCGGUAUCCUUGCCUCAUUCGUCUACCUCAAGAAAGACUCGCCCAAGUUCCACACUGGUCACUUCAUCCUUCUUGGCUUGAUGAGCAUGUCUUUGAUCCUCCAGAUUUUCAUGACCACUUACCUUCGCCGCGAAAACGCCCGCAGAGAUGCAGAGUACAAGCGUCCCGAGGACUACACUUCCGAGGAGAAGAACCUUGAGCGCGAGCGUGGUGAUAACGCCAGUUUCUUCCGCUACACUGUUUAA